GGGAGCCAGCGCGUCAAGACCAGGCCCAUCAAAAAUAUCUAACGAAAUGCUGCGCAAUUAGAGAUAACAUUACCUUCGCUAACGUAGUUAACCCGUCUCAUCCCAACGUCGUCUUAAACACUCAGAAUAAUAGACCUUCUCCACCGCCUCCUCCAAAGAAUAAACCCAUUGCUAAUUUGACCAAGGAUAAUACCAAACCGCCUGCCGCGAGGUGGGUAUAG